UCUGAGACCUUCCUUCCCUUCUCAGGACAGAUGGCUCCCAGCACUGUUUUCAUGGAGCCUGACAACCUGCUGACACCAAAGGAGAAAAACAAACUGAGGAAGCCGGUGGUGGAGAAAAUGCGCCGUGACCGGAUUAACAGCAGCAUCGAGCAGCUGAAACUGCUCCUGGAGAAGGAGUUUCAGAGACACCAGCCCAACUCCAAGCUGGAGAAAGCCGACAUCCUGGAGAUGACCGUCAGCUACCUGAAACAGCAGAGCCAGCUGCAGAUGAAGACUGCAGGAUCCUUCCAUAAAAGCUCUCAGUUUGACUUCAGAGAGGGCUAUUCCAGGUGUUUGCAAGAAGCUUUCCAUUUCCUCUCUCUUCAUAAAGUCCGAACUGAAACACAGACCAAACUUUUAAGCCACUUCCAGAAGAGCCAGUCAGCUGCUACCGAGGUCGCCUUCUCCCCUGGGAACCCCAGCACCCUGAAGCCAGCAUCUCCGAAAGAUGCCAGUACUCUCUGGAGGCCCUGGUAGUCACGGGACUUUGUGGACCUUUGCCUUUUACAGUCCAGAGGAAGGAUCUGACUGCAUCCGAUAGUCCAGCUCUGAUCCUCUCUUCUGUAGGGAAUUUUAUUUCCCUGUGUACUUUAUUUAUGUGUGAAAAGAAUGGCAUACUUUUGACUUUUAUGGGAUCAUUUGGCAAAAGUUCAGGCAUUCUGUUGAGUGGUGUUGAAGCUGUGUAGACGCUGGUGAUAACAGCACGCAGCAUGCUGCCCAGUCAGGGGGCGAAUGUCUUCAAAAUGAAGGAGGGUAUUUUUGUAAAUGUUACAGUUGUGACGGAUAAGAAUUGCUGUAGGAGAGAUUUCUCUAAUAUUGCUUGUAAGAGCCAUCAGCUUUGCUCUGGCUUGACUAGUGAUGCUUGUUCGCUCAGUCACUCCAGAGGAUAAAUUUACUACCCUUUGGUUCAUGCACACUUGAUUAAAAUCGAUUUCCCUCUGUUUGCUUAUAACUUGUACAGCAUCAAAGAUGGUUUCUGUUUUAUUUUGGAUUUUUCCCCAGUGACCCUUCCAUAGUCCUAGUAUAUAAAGUUUGACAGAUGAACAGAAGCUACGAAACUAUGUGGAAUAUUUCUACUAUUUUGCUGCUUUUUUCAAUUUAGAAAAAGAGUAUGUUACUGCUUUAUGUUAAAGAAAAGGUAGUAGGUGAAAGGCUUAAUUGGUCAAUGUUAUACAUUUUGGGUGUAAGCUAUGCUUUUUCUAGCAUUUUCAUUAUAAUAAUGAUUUUGUCUGUAUUAAGUGGUUUAAUUCAUGGUGGAUAGUGUUUCUCCCACUACUGGGACAGCCCUAUGGCUUACCUGCAUACUGUGUAUGCGUCUCUGUGUCUGUAGAGAGCAAUAAAAUGCAUUUGUGUGCAA